AUGAAGGCGUUUGAGAAGAAGAUGAUGGGCCAGACAAGCCAAGACACGCAGAAGGACAUUGCAAAGUUCAAGGCUGAGAACGAACAUCUUCGCCACGAUUCUGACCAAGUGCUGGGAAAGAAGAGCGGCAUUGCCAACAGUCCAAAACGCAAAACGCCAAAGACACUUCCAGCAGGCGAUCUUUGGGCCAAUGUCGCCAUGUCGAGUCCUUUCGUGGACGACGCCGCAGACAAGGAUCAGUCCCCUCUGCGGGCACGAGACAUGAACAUCCAAGGUCAGACGCCCAAGGACGGAAAGCCCAAGGUGGUUAGGAAUGUUCAUACAAAACGUCUUAGCGAAGACACUAUGGACAUGUCACUGCCUCUUCCGUCUCCCGAGCCCUUACCUCGCGCUACACCUCGCAGUAACAGGAAGUCGACAGCAGAUAUGACGAUAGAUGAACUGGUUGAGAAGUACUCGCCAGAGAAACCGCAGUUCGAUCGUCUUGCUCUGCCUUUGGGUGUUGGUGCGCUGAACUUUGGUUCGAGCAAGCCUGAGAUGAAACCCACAGCAAGCUCAUCCAAGACUGGAGCUAGAAUUACCAGUCUAAGUGAUGACAGGCUAGCCAAAGCACAAGCACGUAUCGAGGCUAGAAGACUGUCCAAGUUGGCUGCAGCAUGA